UGACUCCUCCGGUCCUGGCUCUCCAUCUGCUCUGCUGCCUGGGUUCCGGAACGCUCCGCCCUGGGGCCCAGAACGAGCCAAUCGGGAUGAAGAAGAGCCGCAGUGUGCUGUCGGUGACUGGAGAGGAGGACAACGUCACUGAUGUGACGGCGGCAGCAGAGAAGGCCGAAUCGCCGCGCUACAGCCGCUCCUACACGUCCGGAGCCACGCUGGGGUCGGAGCUGCGGCGAGGAAGGAGCCGGAGACUCUCGUCCAGCCUCCAGGUCCCCUGCUGGCUCCGACCUCGGGACCGGACUCGCUCCCCGGAGGUCCUGAGUAACGUGUCGCGUCCCACCACCCUUCCUCUCCGCAUCCCCCCGCGCAUCUCCAUCACGCACGCUGACGCCGACAGCUAUGAGGCAGAGAACGGGGUCUCACCCGGGCUCACCCCGCUGGGCUCCCAGAGUCCCGGUCUCACCCUGCACACCUCCUUCCCUCAGGGCCAGAGGAGGGAGUCCUUCCUCUACCGCUCCGACUCGGACUAUGACAUGUCACCCAAAACCGUAUCGCGGAACUCGUCGCUCGCCAGUGAAGGACACCAGCAAGAAGACUUCAUCGUCACUCCUUUUGCUCAAGUUCUGGCCAGUCUGCGAUCAGUGCGGAGCAACUUCACCAUCCUGGCCAACCUGUCCACCAGCAGGGUCAAGAGGUCUCCACUAGGGGGCGUGUGUGUCAGUCCGAGGGCCACCCUCUCGGACCAACAGUACCAGCAGCUGGCCCUGGACACGCUGGAGGAACUGGACUGGUGUUUGGACCAGCUGGAGACCAUCCAGACGCAUCGCUCCGUCAGCGAGAUGGCCACCAACAAGUUCAAGAGGAUGCUGAACAGGGAGCUGUCUCACCUGUCGGAGAUGAGCCGCUCGGGGAACCAGGUGUCCGAGUACAUCUCCAGCACCUUCCUGGAGAAGCAGAACGAAGUGGAGAUCCCGUCCCCGACUCUCAAAGACAAACCCAUGAGUCACAUCAGCGGCGUGCGGAAACUGUCUCACAGCUCCAGCCUCUCCAGCGCCUCCAUGCCUCGCUUCGGAGUCAACACGGACCAUGAGGACGAGCUGGCCAAGGAGUUGGAGGAUCUGGACAAGUGGAGUUUCAACACCUUCAGAGUAGCAGAAUUCAGCAACAACCGACCUCUCAGCUGCGUCAUGUACGCCAUCUUUCAGGAGCGAGAGCUGCUGAAGACAUUCCGCAUCCCGGUCGAUACCUUCGUCACGUACGUCAUGACCCUGGAGGACCAUUACCACGGGAACGUGGCCUAUCACAACAGUCUUCACGCCGCCGACGUCACCCAGUCCACACACGUGCUCCUCUCCACGCCCGCUCUCGACGCCGUCUUCACCGACCUGGAGAUCCUCGCCGCUCUCUUCGCCGCCGCCAUCCAUGACGUGGACCACCCCGGCGUCUCCAAUCAGUUCCUCAUCAACACCAACUCGGAGCUGGCGCUGAUGUACAACGACGAGUCGGUGCUGGAGAACCACCACCUGGCUGUGGGCUUCAAGCUCCUGCACCAGGACAACUGCGACAUCUUCCAGAACCUCACCAAGAGGCAGAGGCAGAGCCUGCGCAAGCUGGUCAUCGACAUGGUGUUGGCCACGGACAUGUCCAAACACAUGACGCUGCUGGCAGACCUGAAGACGAUGGUGGAGACCAAGAAGGUGACCAGUUCUGGAGUCCUCCUGCUGGACAACUACACUGAGAGAAUACAGGUGCUGCGGAACAUGGUACAUUGCGCCGACCUCAGCAACCCCACCAAACCCCUGCCCCUCUACCGCCAGUGGACCGAGCGCAUCAUGGAGGAAUUCUUCCGCCAGGGGGACAAGGAGCGGGAGCGAGGGAUGGAGAUCAGCGCCAUGUGCGACAAACACACGGCGUCCGUGGAGAAGAGUCAGGUGGGCUUCAUCGACUACAUCGUCCACCCGCUGUGGGAGACCUGGGCUGACCUGGUGCACCCGGACGCUCAGGAGCUGCUGGACACGCUGGAGGAGAACCGGGAGUGGUACCUGAACACCAUGCCUCAGUCGCCCUCGCCGCCCCCCGACAGACACCUGCAGCACGACCGCUUCCAGUUCGAGCUGAGCCUGGAGGACCUGGAGCACAUCAACCACAACCACGUCCACCUGAGGAGCAGCAGGAGAGCCGGAGGAGAGUCCAGUGAGAGAGCCACGGGGGAGAAGGAGGACGAGGAGAAUCACAACAGCGAGCGUAACGGGCUCUGUGGGCAGGAGAAAGGAGGUGAAGGAGGAGAGGAGGCUGAAGAAGAGGAGGAGGAGGUGCUGACUGGUGAGGAAAAUAAAGAAGAGGAAGAAGAAGUGGAGGCUGGAGAAGAACAGGUGGAGAACGCAACUGAGGAGGAGGAGGUGGCAGAAGGCGGUGAUCAUGAAAAUAAACACGAGGAAGUAGAAGAUGCGGAGGAGGAGGCAACUGUGGAAGAGGAAGAUCAGGUAGGUGAGGAAGCAAGGAGCGAGGAGGCGGAGACGGCCGAGGAUGAAAAGGAGCAAGAGGAGACUAAACCUGAGGAUGAUCAGGUAGAGGAUGAAAACCAAAGUGAAGAAGAUAAAGAGGUCACGCUGGGAGAAGAUGGGACCGAGGAGGAUGCACAGGAAGAAGGUGAGAAGGGAGAAAAUGAAGAGGUGGAUGGAGAAGAGAAAGAGGAGGUGGAAGGAGGAGAAGAGGAAAAAGAGCAGGAUCACCAGGAAGAAGAGGAAGAAAGUUAGUAGGUUGUAAAAACGGAAUUUUACAGAGCGCUUCCUGUCAGCUGACAAAGACGGGUGUCUGUCUCUCCAAAUAAAUCACAUGACCCUCCCGGUCAGUAGCGGUGUAAAUGCAAAAAAUAAGCCGAACUCUCCGAGCGUCAAGAGUAGGAUGCGACUCUCCAUCCUCACCAUCAUCUGUCACUGCCGUGGUGCGUUCAGGCUGCGCGGGGGGAAACCAGUCCAUGCAACUUUUGUAUCUUCUCAACGUCUGAAAAACGAGAUACUCUCAAGCAAAUAAGUUCGUGCCUGUUCUCCAGGUGUCCCUCGUCUCCGUUACGUUGUCUUGGACCGACCGUUCGUUCCCAGCCGGGUGAGAGGCCGUAGCCGAGCCGCUCCGCCUCCAUGAGGCCAGAGACACGAGGGGCUGAGGGUGCCACAGGGUCCGCUGGUCAGUGUUCCUUUUGGUUUUGUAAGAAACGUUUUGGCACUUUAUCAUCGCUGUUACAUAUGUGUAAAUAAUAAACAUGUAUUUUAAUCUGCUGAUGUCAAAAUAAAUAUCAUCGAACUCAGCGUUGCUACCAUGCCUGUCGCUGCGAUUUGACGGGAAGUGGAGGGAGAAAAAGAUGACACAUGACUGACCUCUCUCCUCUCUGAAGGGUUUUAUUUUCCACAGUGUCAUGGAACCACAGCAGAAUUACACCGACAACAACACAUCACUUAUAAAUAACAGUCAACAAAACAGCUUGUGAAACAUGGCGACGGCCUCAUAGUCCGAUCCAGAUGCUCCAGUCCGGGAAGUUGUGGACGUCUCCGGUCCGGUUCAGCUUGCGGCGCCCGUGUGUCAUCAACACCUUGUAGCGGAGACGCACUUUACACUGCAACCAGACCAGAGUCGGUGAAGGUGACAGGCUGAAACAUUAUGACCGUUUACACUGAAGUGGUCAACUCAAGAAGGGAGGUUAGAAGGUGACCUGUGAGUCUUCACCACCUGUAGAAGUUUGAACUGUUGCUCCCUUGUGACCUUCACCUCCUCUCACCCUCCUCCCUCCCAUGUCAUCUUCCCUCUCUAACAAUACUUUGACCCCUCAGAUCUUCUGAUGUGGUGAAAGAGCACCGAACAGGAGGGAGACUGACCCCGUGUGGAUUCUCCAGCAGCAGGAUCUGAGAGACGGCAGCCGGGGGCAGCAGAGGGUUGUAAGCAGGGAGGUUGGUGGCUGAUGCAGGCUGAAGCUUCACUGCCAUCUUCUGCCAGGAAGAAACACAGCACACUCUAGUGGCUGCUCUACUAGGCGGAUCUGCUGGAUGGUACCUUUGGGACAGCAGCCAUGAAGCUGAAGUCCUCCACGUGCAGAGCAGAGCUGUUGACGGUGCAGAUGACAGCCACGGCCACGUUGGGGUGGUCGGUGGAACGGGCGAAGUGGAGCGAGGUGUGGACCCCGUCCUGGUCAAAGAGCCUGAUGGGCUCCAGCUGGCCUGCCAGGAGCAAGAGUGAAGCUGAUGAUGGAGGACGGUGAAGGUGUUGGAACGAGCGGAGGAAGGAGAGCUCACUGGAUCUGAUGGUUCCUAUCGUGACGAAGACGUCGGCGAGCGACGCCGCAGGCGGUCGAGGGACACGCGUGUGAUCCGGCGACGCUGUUGUCGGCUCAGACCAGGAGGGGUUUGGGAACCUGAGGAGGACAUUUGAUAGGAACAUCAGAUACACGA